AUGUCCUUAGUUGAAAUUAGUCCAGAUGUUCUAGAAUUUAAACCUCCCUUAACUGAACAAUCCAUUGAGUAUAUGACGAUUGUCAAUAAUGCUCCUCAUAAUAUUGCCUUCAAAGUGAAAACAACAGCCCCCAAAUUUUAUUGUGUAAGGCCAAAUGCAGCCGUCGUUGCACCAGGCGAAUCAGUAGAAAUUCAAGUUAUAUUCUUAGGUUUAGCUGAAGAACCUUCAGCUGAGUAUAAUUGUCGGGAUAAAUUUUUAGUCAUAACUCUACCUGCACCAGAAGAUUUAGAAAUUAAAGAUGUUUCUUCUUCUUGGUCUCAAUUAGAAUCUGCUCAUAGUAAAGAAGCUAUCUCUAAAAAAAUUAAAGUUAAGUAUUUGGUUGAGCAAGAAGAACAAGAAAACGAAAUACCAGAAGAACAAGAAAAGAUUGCACAAGUGCAAGAGGCAAAUAUGGAAACUUUGAAAUCUGAAAAUGAUCAAGCUCAAAAGGAAAUUAAGGAAACUGUACCUUCAACAACAAAUGUUGAAGAAAGUAAACCUGCUUCAACAGUUAAAGAUGAAGUAUCUUCCGAAUUAAAAUCUGAUAGCACGUUAAAUCUAAAACUACUUUUGGGAAUUGUUUUACUUGCUUUUAUUAUUCGUUGGUUCUAUAACUAA